CGCGGGAAGUGGAGGAGGGGAGGGGGGAAGAAGGAGAGCGCUCUCCUCCCUUCCCCCUCUCUUCAAGAGCACCCAUUGGUCGGCGGCCCUGCAGUCGGAUGUGCCGGUGGCUGAGCGGCGCGCUGCGGGCGCUGAGGCAGUUCGUCUCGCGGUGCUGGCAUGGCGGGAGCAGCGCGCGCAAGAGGCCCAGCAAGCCGGUGGUCAUCAGCGGGGCUGAUGUUGUGGCUCGCAGCUGCGGCAGCUACAGCCGCGUCCACCGGCUAUAGCGUGCCUUCCUACCUGAAGAUAUGCCACAAGAAAGAUCCAGCCUUAAACAUGUGCCUCAAGGAAUCCAUAAACACGUUGCUCAGGCGUUUGGCCACAGGUUCCAAGGAGCUGGACGUACCGCCUCUGGACCCGCUCUACAUCCCGCUGCUGGAGUUCGACCUGGGCAAGGACAACGUCAGCCUCAAGCUGCUCCUGAAGAACGUCAACCUGUUCGGCCUGAGCGCCAUGAACAUCCUCUCCGUCAAGUCCAGCAUCGAGGACCACAAGAUGGAGGUGACCAGCAAGAUCCCUCUCCUGGACUUCCGCGGCGAGUACUCCUCGGAGGGCCGCGUGAUGGAGUUCCCCGUCUACAGCUCGGGCAGCUUCUCCGUCAACAUGAGUGACGUCACGGCCAUGUGGUUCAUAUACCUGCAGCACACCGGCCUCAACGUGACCAGGUACCUGAUGAUAGAGAACUUCGGACUGGACGUCAUCCCGUCGUCCAUUGGGUACCACUUCGGCGGCGCGUUGGACGGCGACAACAAUCUCGGCGAGGUGACGAACGUGUUCCUGAACGAGAACUCCAACGAGAUCUUCAACGACAUGAAGCCCAAGAUCGUGAAGUCGCUGAGCGAGAUAUUCUCGGUGAUCGCAAACCAGAUCCUCAGCGCCUACCCCAAGGAGGUGCUGCUUCCCUCACGAAGAUGAAAGGACACUUGGUUAUUCUUGGUGGGGUGGGGAGGGGGCAGGUUGGUGGUGAGGAGUGUAAAAUGAGGGUCGCUCUUCCACUUUGUCACCGUUUGCCCGCAACCAGUCUGUAAACACAGUCAGGACUAAAAUAUUUUCUUUCGGUCAGAAUCAUCGCGAGUCAAAAUUAAACACUUAACUUUGGUGUAGAGGAAGUAUGUACAAUAUUUACAAAUUUCAAACAAAACUCCAAUUUCCUUUUUCUCUUUAUACUCUCAUGUUUUGGUCCAAUACUUUUGAAAGGAAAAAAAAAAUUAUGUCGAAAUAACUAAAAUGCAAAACCUGUAGUGAAAAAUAUCAAAAUUUAUAUACAUUUUUUUAUAAUAUUGUGUAAGUGGGCUUAAGAAAUGUACAGCCAAAAUAUAAGUAUAUUUAAUGGUUUAUAAUUUGGUUUGUUUGAUUUGAUAUUUGUGUCGAAUAUGUGGCAUAAAAUGUUUAGUAAGCCCCCCUUUAUUUUUCACAAACAAGUGCUCUGAAAAAAGUUAAAGCAUCAUUACCAUACAACAUAUUAUAAAUCACGAAUACUGGUGCAAUUUAAUACUGAAGAAAACAUUUAUGCCUUUAAGCCUCGAUGGAUGUUUUCGUGCAGUAUUCACUAAAAGCUUGUAACAGAACUACUGGCUGAGCAAAUAUACAAUCAUCUAUGAAAUUUAUUAUGAAAUAAAAUGUCUCUAGUUCGCUCACAAAUACUGAAAUUAAUAUAUAUUCGUGUAAUUGUGAUUAUGUUACUUUUUUAUAAGUUUUACUAUGUUUUUCACAUAUAAGUAGGCCUUACAUUUUCAACAUCAUAAUUUUUUUGUUAUCUGUUUUCAAACACACACUCAUAAGGCUAUAUAUAUAUAUAUAUAUAUAUAUAUAUAUAUAUAUAUCCUUUAUUACUGGAAUCAUCAGUAAACAGUAAUCUUAUUAUCAACUAUUUUCACUUUGUAGGGAAACAUUCCAGUCAAUAUUGCGCAAAACCAAAUACCAAAAUACAUUCCAUUAAGACGGUCAGAUGAUUGCUAAAUAUUUCGCAGUAAUUUCCAUAAAAGCUUCCCAGGAAACUUCCAAGGAAUUUCCCAAUGAAAAUUCCUUCGUGGCAAACCCGCGUUUAUCGUAUGUUUUUGUUUUUCAUAUGUUAAACGUGUUUCCUUUGGUAUUAGUUCUACAUUAUUCGCAUAAACUUUAAAGAUUAUUAAUUUAAAAGGUGUUAUGGUGAUUGUAUUACUUUUUAAAACAUACUUUAUUUGUUUGAAAUGCAUAAAUAUUUUUUCCCAAAAUUAUAUUACAUAAAAAAUGUCCCUAACAUCAUAAGGCAUUUAUUGUACAUUACUUGAGUCAAGAAUUGUAUUAUCCUCUUUUCUUGCUUCACAUUUGAGGUGAUUUAAAGACCUAUCACAAAUAUGUAGAUUGAAAGGAAAAAUCACGGAAAAGCAUUUAUUUUCCAUAAAUGGUAUUUUUACAGGAAACCGUUAAAUUAUAUUCAAACGAAAUUAUUUAUUUAGAAAGUAUAGUUUUCCUUCAGAGAAAAAUUGUUUAUUAACAUUAUUACUAAAUUAGAUAAAACUUUUUAAUUUUGAUUUAUUUUUACUAUCAAAACUAUAUUAAACAUUAAUUUUGAGUUCUUUCAAACAAUUGUAGUUUUUAGGAAACGUAAAGGGAAUUUUUUUCUUCAAAAAUCUUUUGCAAGCGUUUUUUUUUUUUCAAUUUGAAGUGCUUAGUGAAUUAAUUUAGUUGUAGUGAAGAGAAACACGCAUAGACAAGAAAAUUUAGUUCAAUUAGUA